AAACCUACACAUAUAUUUUGUUUUCAAACUCCACUGAAGUGUAUUUCUCACUCGGUGAGCGGGCCUGUGAAGCUGUGUGCUCUGGGUGUUGGGGUGGGGAACCUGCAUCGUUUGCACGCCGGGGUUCUUCCGCUCUGUUUGUGGUGGCGCGGUGGUGGACGGAGGAACCUGCUGUGUCAGAAGGCGCCUCGGAAGAAAAUUCACCCGUCAACCUAAAAACGUACAAACGAUGCAGAAUGGACGAGUAGCCCUUUAGAAACCGUCACACAGGAGAAAUGUUUCUGUUUGUAAAAAUUCAGCUCAGCACUUUCCUUCUUUACGAGAGCAAAAACUAAAAACCCACCCAGCAAUAUGCACUAGGAAGUAGUGCCUUUUUGGAGGCCGACGCACAACGUGGGUUUAGGUAUCUCUGCAGUGGACAGGAAAUGCAAACCACCAUCAUCUGCUGCAGACAGCCUUGCUGUGGCGUGGUGUGAAGUUCAUGUAGAAGGGAAGGAAACGCAGAGAGGGGACACUGAGAAGUAAAAGUAUGAUUUCAUAUGAUAUGUGUACAUAUUAGGCUCCAACUUCGAGAAGCCUUUUUGCCGAGCCGGAUGCAAGGAUGAGGCAAACUCUGCUCUGCAUGCUGGGAUUUUUCUGUAUCAAAGCAACCCUGACGGCAGACAGGAUAACGAUACUAGCAGAGGCUCCUCACAGGGUUUCAGUGAUUCUCCAUCCCAGCUGGCCUCAGAUCUACAGAGAAGAGACGGUCAUCUUGAGAUGUCACAUCCAGGAAGCUGCAGGAGCUCAGUGGACGUAUGAAUGGAGGACAACCAAUAGAAAGUCUCUAAUCCGGUCUGAAUACAUGAACAUCUCAGCUACUGAGGCUCACCGUGGAGAGUACAGCUGCAGAGGGAGAGGAGAAGGCUUGACGCCAUGGAGUAAUGCGAUUAAACUAACUGUGUCACCCAAACCUCAGCCUGUCCUCUCUGUGUCUCCAUCAUGGCCGAAUCCUGGAGCCUCAGUGACUCUGAGCUGUGAGGGUUUGGAGCUUCAAUCAGCAGGAUGGAGGUUCUUCUGGUAUAAAGCUGUUCCUGAUCUGUCCAGCCGCUACAGCUACAAGCUGCUUCCUGGCAGCACCAAUGGGACCAAACAGAACUCUUUCACCAUUAAUGGAUCGACUCAAACAGCUGGAUUUGUGUGCAGAGGAGGAAGAGGAGAACCAAAGUUUUACACCUAUUACAGCGAACCAACGUUUGUCUGGUCUGGAGAUCCUGGUCCAGCAGCUUCUCUCUCAGUGAAUCCUGACAGAGUUCAACACUUCAGCUCUGACUCUGUGUCUCUGAGCUGUGAGGGAAACUUUACUGAGUGGAGAGUGAGGAGGUUCACAGAAACAGGACGACUGUCAGACUGUUUCUACUGGGGGACAAUGACUGGAUCUACAUGCACCAUUAACCAAAAUAGUUUUCAUAGUGGAGUGUACUGGUGUGAGUCUCGAUCUGGAGAGACUAGCAACGCCAUCAACAUCACUGUACAGGAUGAUUUUUCUGCUCCUCUCCUGGUGAGCCCUGUUCAUCCUGUGACUGAGGGAGAUCCUGUGACUCUGAGCUGCAGACAGAAAAAUGAAAAACUUCUCUCUGGAGUGUUUUUCAAUCACAAUGAUAAACUCCUUUAUGAUGGCAGCAGAGGGGAGCUGAAUAUCUCUGCAGUGUCAAAGUCAGAUGAAGGUUUCUACAAAUGUCAACAUUCAGGAAAAGAGUCACCAAGGAGCUGGAUGUCUGUUAGAGAAGCCGUGUCCAGGCCUGUCGGCUCUUUGCUUCUAGUGCUGCUGAUCGUUGGACCGGUCAGUGGAAUCAUUCUCCUGCUCUCGUUGUGCUGCUGCAUCAGACUGUUUCUGGCAGGGAGGCGCAGUCAGAGCUCCACCGUCAGCCACGCAGCAAAACAAGACGGAUGUCAGGUUUACAAUUCUCUGCGGCAGGGUGACGCGUCUCUUUAUGAACAAAUCGAAACCUGCAAAGCCGCUGAAAAUGGACGGCCUCGUCAUCCGGAGGAAGAUUGUGUUUACGUCAAUGUGAAACCAGUGGUUUCCUGUGAAGAUAAAAACUAUCAACCAGAACAGAGGAAAGAACAGAAAAGGAAGGUGGAGUCCAGGCGGUAAUGGAUGCUCCGGGUUUUUUUUCCACGAUCAGGAGCAGCUGCCACGCAGGAUGCAGGCUUGUUUGUACUACAACAGUUAAAUUAACCAGAUUUCUAAAAUGUGGAAAGUUAAAACGCAUUCAUCACUGUUUGUGAUGCUUAGUGUAGUUCUGCUAGUUUAAUAUGCUAAUGAUUUAUUGUUUUCAUAUAAGUUAAGGAGCUACAACAGAAUCUUUGCAGGAUUCCAGUGAAAGUUAUAAACUAUGUUUUUUAUUUGUUUGUUGAUUUUGCUGAAUUUGCAAUAAAUUCAAGAUUGUAAGCUUUUAGUGUAGUGCAAUUGUAUUUGGAGCCAAUGUGUCAAAGCGUAUUAUGUGUUAUGUAGUGUGUAAAACAUCACUGAGAAUAAAAUGUUUAUACCACAAGAGAUUGUAGCAAGUCACUGAGUUACAUCUACUCGAUUACUUUUACUUGAGUAAUAUUAUGAUGAUGUAUUACAAGAACAGAAAUAU